AUGGCGGCACCAAUCACUGAAUACAGUUACAUUGAAGACGUGGAACGACUGAGCGACUACCGGCCGGGUGGUUAUCAUCCCAUCCAAAUCAAUGAUCGUCUUCACAAACGAUACCGCAUUGUCCACAAGUUUGGGCACGGGACAUUUUCAACGGCCUGGCUUGCUCUUGACGAACGAACAUCAAAUUAUGUCGCCAUAAAAGUCGGCACUGCAGAUGCAGACAGGCGAGAGGUAGAUAUUCUUUCUCAGCUUACGAAAGGAGUUGCUGCUUGCAGCAGCGCCGCAGACAAGGCGUCGAUGAUCCCGGUGGCCGUUGAUCGCUUUAGUCUUGACGGCCCCAAUGGGACUCAUCCUUGUUUUGUUACAGUCCCAGCAAGGUGUAGUCUUGUGGAUGCGAAAGAGGCAUCGGACUCGAGACUAUUCCAGCUCGAGGUUGCCCGGUCUCUGGCUGCCCAGCUUGCUAUGGCCGUUUCUCUUGUUCACUCACAGGGUUAUGCUCAUGGAGACCUUCAUCUUGGAAACGUCCUUCUCCAGCUACCUUCUUCUCUAAAUAAUCUCUCAGUGGAGCGAUUGUAUGCGAAUUUUGGAGCCCCAGAGCAGGAACCUGUUGUCCGCCUCGACGGAAGACCGACCUCUUCAGCAGCUGGGGUCCCUUUGUAUGCCGUCCCACCCGUGUGGCUUGGAAUAGCAAGCGAUGAGGUCACUCUGAACGGGGCGAAAGUAUUACUUAGCGACUUUGGUGUCGCCUUUCGCCCGUCAGAUAAGUCCCGCUUUGAAUCACAUACACCCCUUGUGAUACGCCCGCCUGAGGCUUUCUUUGAGCCAACGACGCCUCUUUCCUUCGCGUCGGAUAUAUGGAGCCUCGGUUGCAUCAUCUUCGAGUUGCUCGCUCACAGGUCUCUCAUCGACGGAAUCCUCGCGCCUCUGGACGAAAUCACGGCGCAGCAGAUUCACUUACAAGGUCCUCCGCCGUCUGAGUGGUGGGAUAAUUGGGACCAGCGGUUCAAGUGGUUCGACGAAACGGGAAGACCGCUCAGUAACCAGUGUGAUAUAUGGUCGUGGGAUAGGAGGUUCGAGCAAUGGGUACAAGAGCCGAGACGGUCUUGUGUGGAUGCUCACAUGGAGAACUACGGAGCGGCCAAACGCAGAGGAGGUAUUGAACGCGGCUUGGAUGAAGAGCUGGGCUUUACCAGCGUACGACGAAACGCGGAAGGCUUGGGUAUGACAUUUGCAACUUCUUAUCCCGGCAUGUACCGCUAA